UUUUUUUUUUUUUUGUCUGCCGUUUCAGGUCGCCAAUUUUGCUGCAAUUCCCAUACAUUCAGCUCGCUCCAAGCUCAGCUCAAGGCCCUCAGAUCGCAUAGAAACACAGCCUGAGACGACCCGCUACUUUUUACAAUCACCAAGACUUGCUUCGUUCCCUUGGCUGCAACUCCCUUUUUGUGUUGCUCGACUUGGACCAACAACACCACCGUUCGGAUACCUCAAGCAAGAGAAAAGCUCAUCCAACUCACCAAAACCCAGUCGGUCUCACACAAACAUGCUGACGGAAGUGCUCGACGCGAUUCGCUCGUACAACAAUAACAAGGCGGUCGAGAGGGCGCACGGAGGGCCGCGGCGACACCAGAACACAUCCGCGACCUCAACAGACUUUGUCGUGGUGGGCGACUCGGACAAGUCGGACGUGGAGCAUGCGCUCGAGCGGAACGAGUUUUGGUUUCCCCUCUUCCAGUCGUACUUUCUUGAAUGCAAGGAUACCUCGCGCGACGAUCUGCUCUUCUACGUGCACCAAGACCCGCCACUGCCCCCACUAGCACCCGCGCUUGCCGCGAUGAAUGCUGCAACAGCUGCUGCAGCUGCCACCGCCACAUCCUCCUCCUCCUCUGCAAAGCCCGCCAAUCCCUCCAGCGAAACCCCGUCCUCCUCAACCUCUUCAUCCAACCAGCAGCUGCCCCAAGCCAUCACGCCUGCAGCAGUGUCUGCCGCCAUCCUUAACAAGACGCAUUCGCGUCAGCCCUCCACCUCUGGCGCGUCUCAGUCGGCGUCUCGGAGCGGGGCCUCGACUCCUGGCUCGCCCGUGCCGCCAAUGGUGCCUGACGAGCCCUUCUUUGUUCGUCGCAGCAACCACCAGCAACCGGCUCCAUUCGACCGCGCCAUCAACUGGGAGGAGACUUUCUACCUCAAUCUGAUUCUCAACCAGUUCGAGUACUCGCUGACCGUCGCCAUCUGCCGCACCGUGAAGGAGCCCAUCCCGAUUGUUGCCGGAGCCCCUGCAGCGGUGCCUGGACAGCCGCCGCGAACCCGCGACCGCCUCGUCAUCCACAAGAAGGUGACCCAGCGCGUCUACCCUUCCCCGAGCAAACGCAACAUGGAUUCGGGCAAGGCCGAGGAGACCGAGCUGACGUACCCGCACAUUUUCUUUACUGUCGAUAACUUUGAUGAGAUUUUCAGCGAGGUGUACAUUGUUGAGGACGAAUGCUUGUGUCUCGAGAUGGUUGCCUGGCCCCAUGGCAGUCCCGAGCAGAAGAGCACCGUCUUCCAGGGCUCUGUCGUGUACGCCGCGCUGCUGAACGCCUACCAAGCCAAGGUCAAGAAGAGCACUCCGCUCUAUCUCUCCCUGCUCGCGCGCAGCCGUGGAGAUGUGGAAUUCCUCAUGCUGCGCGGACCUGGCGGCAAAGGCGAAGCCCAAGUGGCAAUGAGCAGGCUCUUGCCUCAUGGAUCCGGAUCCAGCCUUCCAGUCGCAUCGCAGCAGCAACAACAACAGGCUUCAUCAGAUGCAGGCCAACCAGCAACGGCAAAAGCUGCCGCUGCCGCGCUCUCGUCGCCUUCCACCACGACUUCUUCGUCAUCUUCGUCGUCGUCAGCCUCUUCAGAAGUCAAGCGCAUCGCUUCCUGGUCGUUUGGCAUGUUUGAUUCGGCUGUCAAGAAGGUGCAAGCGUAUGCAGCCACCAAGAAGCAACAGGUCUCUGGCCCUCAGAAGGGGGACAGUCCCGCGCUGAACGCCUUCCUGACGUUUAUCAGUCUUCCCUGGGACUUGAUUGUCAAGGAUGUUGUUACGCAUCAAACGCGACCUGUGCUGGAGACGCUUCCUGAGACUAAGGAAACGUGAUGAUGGUGGUGAUGUGAAAAUUUUGUGCUUGAAGCGUGAUUUGUUCGGGAAGGGCACGCGAGGCGAUGACAUGUCCUUCGUCGUUGGUGCUGUUCGAGCUGUGACUUGGUGCUCGUGGUCAAAUUCGGCUUGUGUGAUUGUGAAUUGUUUGAUACGUGUUGAAUAACAAAAAAAAACUGCGAACAGACCAAAAUCGCAAUGACCGAA